GUUUCCUAGUGACGCUAAGCUUGCGCAUGCGUGGUACAGGAGCCGGUGGGGUUUGGCAGCCAGCAUUCUGAACAACAGUCGUUUUUCAUUUCCCCCACUUUGUCUCCACCAUGUCUGCGCUGGGGACUUUAGCCUUCGAUGAGUAUGGCCGACCCUUCAUUAUCAUUAAGGACCAGGAGAGGAAGUCUCGGCUGUGUGGCUUGGAGGCCUUAAAGUCUCACAUCAUGGCUGGAAAAGCAGUAGCAAACACUCUGAGAACAUCACUUGGUCCUAAUGGGCUUGACAAGAUAAUGGUGGAUAAGGAUGGACAGGUAACUGUAACUAAUGACGGAGCUACCAUUCUUAGUAUGAUGGAUGUUGACCAUCAAAUUGCCAAACUCUUGGUAGAGUUAUCCAAGUCGCAAGAUGAUGAAAUUGGUGAUGGAACUACAGGAGUUGUAGUUCUUGCUGGAGCCCUGCUGGAAGAAGCUGAGCAGUUGUUAGAUCGCGGUAUCCACCCCAUCAGACUUGCAGAUGGAUAUGAGCAGGCUGCACGCAUUGCCAUUGAACACCUGGACAAGAUCAGUGAUAGUUUUCCAGUUGAUCCUAAUAAUGUUGAGCCACUUAUUCAGACAGCAAUGACCACAUUGGGAUCAAAAAUAAUCAACCGAUGCCAUAGACAGAUGGCUGAGAUUGCAGUGAAUGCUAUACUGACUGUUGCAGAUAUGGAACGCAAAGAUGUUGACUUUGAAUUAAUUAAAGUUGAGGGGAAAGUUGGGGGAAAACUAGAGGAUACUCAGCUAAUCAAAGGUGUGAUUGUGGACAAGGAUUUCAGUCACCCACAAAUGCCAAAGGAAGUUAAAGAUGCUAAAAUAGCAAUCCUAACUUGCCCAUUUGAACCACCAAAGCCCAAGACAAAACAUAAGCUGGAUGUAACAUCUGUAGAGGACUACAAAUCACUUCAAAAAUAUGAGAAGGAAAAGUUUCUUGAAAUGGUAAAACAGAUAAAGGAUACUGGAGCAAAUCUUGCUAUAUGUCAGUGGGGAUUUGAUGAUGAAGCAAAUCAUUUAUUACUGCAAAAUGAGCUACCAGCAGUUCGUUGGGUUGGUGGUCCUGAAAUAGAGUUAAUAGCUAUUGCAACAGGAGGUCGUAUUGUUCCACGAUUUUGUGAGCUAACACCUGAGAAACUUGGCUAUGCUGGUAUUGUCAAAGAAAUUUCAUUUGGUACAACCAAGGAUAAAAUGCUUGUUAUUGAGCAGUGCAAGAAUUCAAGAGCUGUAACUAUUUUUAUCCGAGGAGGAAACAAAAUGAUCAUUGAAGAAGCAAAGCGUUCCCUACAUGAUGCUUUGUGUGUCAUUCGCAACCUAGUGCGAGAUAAUCGUAUUGUUUAUGGUGGUGGAGCUUCAGAAAUCUCUUGUGCAUUGGCGGUGAACCUGGCUGCUGAUCAGUGCCCAUCAUUGGAGCAGUAUGCUAUGAGAGCCUUUGCUGAUGCCCUCGAAAUUAUUCCAAUGUCACUUGCAGAGAACAGUGGUUUGAAUCCAAUCCAAACUAUGGCUGAAGUUAGAGCAAAGCAAGUGAAAGACGGCAACUCAGCACUUGGCAUUGAUUGCUUGAAUAAGGGAACAAAUGAUAUGAAGCAGCAACAUGUUAUAGAGACCUUGAUUGGCAAGAAGCAACAGAUUUCUUUGGCUACACAAGUGGUUAAAAUGAUUCUGAAGAUAGACGACAUUCGCCAACCUGGUGAAAUCGAAGAGUGAUGAUCAUGGAAAACUUAUCCAAAUUACAAGUCUGAGUCACCUGAAUUGUAAUGCUAUUUAUUAAGUUUUUGUUUAUAAUAUACUGUACUUCUCCCCCCCCACACACAUUUUUUUAAUGCAAUUUAAAAAAGUCUGCCUGCUAAGUUACUUGUAUCAGCUUCCAAAAUAAAACAAUUGUCCACAA